AUGCGUAUUGAUCUCCUCAACUUUCUGCCCUCAUCUCUCUGUAACCAGUGGUCGCCAUGGAAGGCUAGAGCUUCCGGAUCCUCAGGAGACACAAUGACAUCUGGCGGUGUUUGGGAUUCGUCUGAUCGCAGGGUCUAUCAAGGAACCUGUGAAGAACGCAAGCUACGUUCCUUGUACCCGAAACCAUUUGGAGAUCCUUUGGGACUCGAAAAAAUCUUGUCUGAAGGAACGGCAAAUGGAUCUUCUAUGAAGACUCCAUCAGGCCAAGCGAAGGAAUUCGCUGGCAAAGGGAUGGACGGAGGGCAAUCCUUCCUGAAUUCUGCCGGAGAGAAUCAUCACGACGAGAUCGAGGUUCAACUCCAGGAGUACCUGGACUCCUGCAUGGAACUCGAAGUCCCAGAUGAUGCGAAUCUUGGUCCACAUGAUGGAUACCGUACCGAGAUCGACAUAUACUCCUCAGAGUAUCUCUUCGAAGAAUCGAUGGGAAUGACCGAUGGAUUUUUCAAGACGCGUGAGGAUGUUGGUAUGGAGUCAGUUGGACCAUAUCCAAAGUUCAUCAAGACGUCCAACAUGUCUUUUUACGAAAGAAAGAUCGGGUCACUGUACCCAAAGCCGUAUGGAGACCCACUGGGUCUUCAGGAUUUGCUCCGGGAGAUUGAUGAAGAAGGAGAUGGAACGAUGCGACAGGAAAAGGCUAAGUCUGAUGGCCGACAAUUUCCUGUGAAAGGAUCUUCAACAUCGGUCACGCUACAUGUCCCGAUGUCCAGGAAAAGAAAUUACGGAUUCAGUUGCUCUCGCUCAGCUCAAAUUCAUUGGAAGGGCUUUGAAAGACUGGACGAUUACCAGGAGAAUAAGAAGGAUAAGCAGUGGCCGAGAAAAAGGAGAGCAUCAAAGGCUCGGAAGCCGACCACUGGCCGAGUGCCCAAGAGGAAGUCGCCGAAGACUUGA